ACAUAUUAUAGUAUGCAUACACACAGGGCCCUGAGGCCUGGACACUACAUGUAAAUACUUAAUUAUUACUGUGUCUUCUGCCUGAGGUUGGCCUACAUCCCAUAAACCUGACCCUCCCCCAUUUUGUUUCUGUCUUGCAGUCCACAGUAGGGCUGCAUUCUUCAGCACUUGUUUUUUCCCCUUCCCUUAUGCACACACACAUGUGCACACACAUGCACAAACACUGAUAGACUAAAGGAGGAAACCAAGACUGGUCCAAACCUUUAUAUACAAACAAUUGGUGAAAAAUCUCAGCUGUUCAUACUGUUACAUUAUUACAGGAUGGUGUCCAGCCGGUGUACAAGGUUUUCCUAACAAUGCAGUAUUGCACAUCUAUCAAAAAUGUAGAUAAAUAUUACCAUUACUUUUAAAUCUCUCCAUGUCUGACCUUCUCUCUUUUAUAUGUUCUGUAGCCAAACAUGGACCUUGGCCUCCUUUAAUUGCUCCUACUGAUCCCUGGUUCUCUGCGAGAUAAAUCUUUGGGUGUGUGUGUGUGCAACUAUGCAUUGCAUGUGGUUUUAGCGUGUGUGAAAGUUGUUAUACAGAGUAUGUGUAUCUCCUGCCCUUUUCGUGGCCCUCGUUCUUUAUGCAUUUUGUAUUUGUGUGGACCGGAGACGGAAGCUGAAACAGCUGAGUCAUCUGUAAAGAACACUGAUGCCACCGACCAAUAAGAGCCAGGGAUGGUCAGGGGGCUGUGGGUGUGUCGGGGGGAUUUUUGGAAUUCCUUUCUGAGUGUUGUUGUCCAGCCAGGUUAUGAAUGAAUGGCUGUGAAAACGUAUGUGACUGUUGUUGUUUUCUUAAAGAAAAGCUAUUUUACUUUAAUUUUUCUGCUGUUAAUCUCACCUGAUGGCUCUUAUUUAUUAACCUCUGAACAGGUUUUGUUUCAUUAAGCAAGAGUAAUGACAGUAGAUUUCUGAUACACUUUUUAUUGAUCUUAACUCUAUUACUCUCUAUGAAACUAGUUAUAUAUUGUUUCUCAGUUUUGGAUUCCGUCACAGAAAAUAGUUUUUUCGACCUCUCUUUGAUAUCUUUGGGAGAUUCUCCUGCUACUGUCGCACUCAAGGAAUAUUUUUACAUCCAUCAGCAAAAUCUGUCAUGAACACUGCUGCCCCAGGUUCAUUCAUUUUUUUUUAUUCUAAAAUUGAUUAGACACAAAUACAAAGUGGAACGCAAACAUCCAUGAAACCACUAGAACUUCUUUUUUUUAUGGGUUUGCCCUCUGACAUGCCAGUGACCCUUUGAUUCCUUUGAAUUCCUGAAGUCCUUUGAAUAACUACAUCUGGAAGUGAUCCAAAAUGGUGUGUCCUAAUAGCAUAGCGUUUUAAGACUACUAAGUACUCACAGGUUUCCCACGGCAAACACAAUACAUACAUUUUAGUGUUCUUCAGCACUUUUGAUUCCUUCUGCAGAAAUGACUAUGGACUCGGACUACAUAAGGAACUCUCUGGGCAAAUGUCUGGCAGAAGGACUGGCUGAAGUGGCCGAGCAGCGUCCUCCCAACCCAAUCCUGUAUCUGGCCAACUGGCUGUACAAGCACAACUGUAACGUCGAAUAUGAGAACGAGAAAAAGGCCUAUUUAGCUCAGGUGGAGGAGGAGCAGGCCAGAGUCAGAGAGGAGGCUGCGCAACAGCAGAAACUGAUUGAGGAUAAGCUAAAGGAGGAACAGGAGGUGACGAUCAUUGUCGAAGACGAAGACGAAGAGGAAGAGGAAGAAGAAGAGCAAGAGCCUCCACCAGAGGCUGAUGAGCCUGAACCUGAGGAGGCUGAAGAAGUUACUGAAGAAGCUACCACAUAAAAUAACAGAAUAACAACGUAGCAAACAUGGAAAGGAAACAUUGUACUUUUACUGGGUAAAACGGAACAUGCAACGUUUCAGGAUAACUAUCUUCUAGUCCAUAAGUUGUACUGGUCACAUGACUUGUAUUGUGAAACAACUUGGAUCCGUCAUUUACCGAUAUCUGAUAUCAUUUAGGGCCACAAGAGGGCAACGUCCACACUCAAAAUUCCCAAGUAAAAUUAGAUUAAGAACCUUGAGUUGCUAUAGAGUUUCAAACCUAACUGAGCCAAUGACUUUUGAAGCUGACAUUGUGACCUUUUAUGAGGAGCACUUUCAUGAGGGUUCAGUCAAGGUUGACUCCUUCACACUUGACAAAUGGUCUUUGACACUAAUGCAUGUUUUAAUUAUUAUUUAUAUCCAUUUAAAAAAACACAAACUAUAAUGUAUUUGUGCAAGAAUUUGUUGCUCACAAACUACUGCACAGUUUGUAAUAAGUAGAUGUUAAAAAAAACUUGAAUAAAAAUGAUUUUUGUUUAUAGAAAUUCCUAUGGUUUUGUGCUGUAUGUUCAGCAGUUGAGGUUGGUCACAACAUUGUGACUGACCAUAUAUGGAUUUUUCCCACAGUCUCUACUGUUGUCAUUGGCUGUAAGUGAUGUUUGAUCCAUGUGGAUGCAGUGUUUGUUUUUGUGGAACAUUUUUGUCUUCUUUUCAAGUGUAGUGAUGAAAAAGCGACUGUUGUCGUAGGUACUGUUUGGUUAUUUCUAGUUCCUCAAGGCAAAGUUUCCUUUUGAAUGAAGCAUACUUCACUCUUUGAUUAAAUGCACCACGAGUCACAGGUGUUUGUUACUCUGAUGUACAUGCACAGCCUAGACACAGUCAGAGUGAGGAGGACGCCAUCUCGUCCACUAUUGACAAACUGUUUGAUUUUGUC